AUGAAGCCCUGCACCUUCGUGACUGGGAAUCCCAACAAGGUCGCCGAGGCGAAAGCUAUUCUCGGGGACAAAGUCCCAGUAAAGAAUAUAGCGCUAGACCUCCCAGAAAUCCAAGGCACUCUGGAGGAGAUUGCGAAAGAUAAGUGCCGACGAGCAUCCAAGAUUGUAACACUGUAUCUUGCUCCUAUUGAUGAUUUAUGGGAGCUAAUUUGGACAGAUCGAUGGGCCCGUGGUGGUGGAAGAUUCCGCGCUGGAAUUCAACGCUAUGAACAAGAUGCCGGGGCCAUAUAUACACGAGAGCUGAUCACUUUUUUUGGAAGUAAAUAUUUCCUAGAAGCACUGGGAAAUGACGGGUUGAAUAAACUCCUCGAAUCAUUUGAGGAUAAGAGUGCCGAGGCAUUAAAGGGCAAAAUCGUUCCUUCUCGUGGUCCUCCACGCUUUGGAUGGGAUCCGAUUUUCGAGCACGAGGGGGAGACUCUUGCCGAGAUGGAAUAUGAUAAGAAGAACAAGCUGUCUCCUCAAUAUCAAGCCUUGCUCAAGUUCCAAGAAUGGCUAGCCCAUGAGGAGAAUCGCGCACUGUUCUUUGAAAAUUCAUCAUGA